AUGGAAGCCUCUCUCAUGGUAACAUCUCUCGUCUCCGACGAUUCCUCUCCCGAUUACCCAGGGUCGAUCAAGAGGGGCGCAGGCGUUAUGGGGUUGAAGAACGUUCGACACCCGAUUCUGGCCGCCAAGGAGUCACUCUUACGGACCGGAUCUAGGGUAAAUGGAAGUGAGGACGGGGGCAGCAUGCAUCCGCAGCUUGUGGCACCGUAUGUGGAGAUGAAGGCCAGGGAGUGGGGGCUGGAGUUCAUGCCUGAUGAGUGGUUCUGGACGCAACGACGGUGGGACGAGCAUCUCCGGGGUCUGCGGGAGGAGCCUGAGCCGGUCAGUUUUAGUCAGGGGACGGUGGGGUGUGUUUGUCUGGAUAUGUGGGGUGGGGUGGCUGUUGCGACGAGUACUGGGGGGCGGACGAAUAAGUGGCCUGGACGGAUUGGGGAUACGCCGACUUUGGGGAGUGGGUUUUGGGCGGAGGGGUGGGACGUUCAGUGUAAUACUGUAGAAGAUGGUGAGGAGGGUGAAGGGGGAGGGUUGUUGGAUGCGGUGUUGGGGGGUUGUUUGUCGUUCUUUAAUAGCAGGGAAAGGAGUAGGGGCUAUGCGUCUUUGCCUAUGGACGUUCCUUUGGAGAGAGGGCUGGGGGAGAAGAUGGUGAUGUGUUCUAGUCCGGAGAAUAGAGUCAAGCGACGGGCUGUUGCUGUUUCGGGUACUGGGAAUGGGGAUUCUUUUCUGAGGGUUGCGGCGGCCAGGACGGCCUGUGCUAUGGUUCGUUUUUCGGAGCGGACGCCCACGCUGGCUGAUGCUGUUUCUGCUGUUGCUGGGCCAGGUGGUGAGUUGCAGCGUUCGGCUGGGGGGCGUUGGGGGGUUACCGGGGAGGGUGAAGGGGGGAUUAUUGGGAUUGAGGCGGAGGUGGAAGUCGAUAAGGAUACGGGUGUGCCUGUGUCUGGGGUGGGGUUGGGACGGGGGAAGGUGGUGUUUGAUUUCAAUUGCGGAGGGAUGUGGAGGACGUGGGUGGAGGAAGAUGGCAAUGGGAACGAUAUGGAGAAUGUGAUGGUCUUUAGAGAGCCGUAUUAA